CGCCUGCACUGUGAGAGUGAAUCCUUCAAGAUGGACCUCAUCCUGGACGUGAACAUCCAGAUCUACCCUGUGGACCUCGGGGACAAAUUCCGCCUGGUCAUCGCCAGCACCUUGUAUGAAGAUGGCACCCUGGAUGAUGGCGAGUAUAACCCUACGGACGACAGACCAUCCAGGGCAGACCAGUUUGAGUACGUGAUGUACGGCAAGGUGUACAGGAUCGAAGGGGAUGAGACCUCCACGGAGGCAGCCACACGCCUCUCUGCCUACGUGUCCUACGGGGGGCUGCUCAUGCGGCUGCAAGGAGAUGCAAACAACCUGCACGGGUUUGAAGUGGACUCUCGAGUUUACCUGCUGAUGAAGAAGCUGGCCUUCUAG